AUGCCGUCCUCCUCCUGCUCGGAGUUGGAUCAUCCCAACCUCUGUAAGUUCUUUGGAGGUUGUGUGGAGGUUCCUAACGUUGCCAUAAUAACGGAGUACUGCCCUAAAGGAAGCCUGAAUGAUGUCCUGCUGAACGACGAGAUACCCCUGAACUGGGGCUUCAGGUUCUCCUUCGCUACAGAUAUCGCUCGCGGGAUGUCAUACCUGCAUCAGUUUAAGAUCUGCCACGGACGACUGAAGUCAGCCAACUGUGUGAUCGAUGACCGCUGGGUGUGUAAGAUCACAGAUUACUGUCUGUGGAUGUUUCGGCGUGAGGACUGCGCAGAACCUCUCACCACGUACCAGCAGAGACUGAAGGAGGUUUACACGCCGCCCGAGGCCCAGAGCGGCAGCCAGGAGCCCACGCUGCCCGGAGACGUGUUCAGUUAUUCAAUCAUCUUACUGGAGAUCGCCACCCGGAAUGAUCCAGUGCCGGCGGAGGACAGCUCUCUGGACUGCGCCUGGUGUCCUCCGCUGCCGGAGCUGAUUUCGGGGAAAGCCGACAGCACCUGUCCCUGUCCUGCUGAAUACGCUGAGCUGAUUCGUCGAUGCCGUGCUCAUAACCCCGCCCACCGGCCCACCUUUGAGCAGAUACGCAAGUUUGUCAACAGAAUCAACCCUCACAAAGUCAGUCCUGUCGACAUGAUGAUGGAGCUGAUGGAGAAGUACAGUAAACAUCUGGAGGUUCUGGUCGGUGAACGGACACAAGAUCUGAUGCUGGAGAAACAGAAGACCGACAGACUGCUUUACAGUAUGCUGCCUAAACAGGUGGCUGAUGACCUGCGUCAGGGCAAACCACUACAAGCCCAGAGUUACGUCAGUGCCACCGUGUUCUUCAGUGAUAUCGUGGGAUUCACGCAGCUGUCCAGCACCAGCACUCCUUACCAGGUGGUGGAUUUCCUCAACAAACUCUACACCACCUUCGACGAGAUCAUCGACAACUAUGAUGUCUAUAAAGUGGAAACCAUCGGCGAUGCUUAUAUGGUGGUGUCCGGUGUGCCGAGAGAGAACGGGAUUCUCCACGCGUCUGAGAUCGCCAGCAUGGCUCUGGAUCUGGUGUCCGUCUGCAAGACCUUCAGGAUCCCCCACAGACCACAGACCCAGCUGCAGAUCCGGGCUGGGAUACACUCAGGUCCGGUGGUGGCAGGAGUCGUGGGGACUAAGAUGCCGAGGUACUGUCUGUUUGGAGACACGGUGAACACGGCGUCCCGCAUGGAGUCCACCAGCGAAGCGCUGAAGACCCAGUGCAGCUCCAGCACAUAUUACCUGCUGGAGGAGAUCGGAGGAUACGUGCUCACCUGCAGAGGACUGCUACAGGUCAAGGGGAAGGGGGAUAUGGUGACGUACUGGCUGGAGGAGAAGCGCUCCACAGCUCCGGCUAAAGACGACAGGAUCCCUGUGACACCGCAGGAGACACACACGGAGGAUUACUCCAGGAUCCCAGGAGUCCUCGGCGGAUCCGACCUGCUGCGUGACCCCUGACCCCUGCGUGACCCCACAGAGCCACCACACACACAGCUCUGCUUCUGUUAGGAUGCCGUGUCACUUUAGCUGUUCUGUGUUUGAUCAGUCCGUGUUGAGACAGUGUUAUAGAUGUGAAACAGAUGCGUUUAAUGAUGGUGACCGGCCACUCAUGUUCUUUCAAUGCUUUUAUUCGUCAACGACGCAUUAGAUUGAUCAAAGGUGACAUUGGUGUUCAUAUUGUGCUGUGUUCAACAUUGAUAAUAAUCAGAGAUUACAGUAUAUUUUAUUGAUCAUAGAUUGUGUUUUCACUCUAGUUUCUUUUGUUGGGUUUAGUAAAUGCAUGCAUUCUCUCUCUUUCUCUUUGUGUUGCUCUAUAUUUUUCCUUUUCCAUACAAGAUCAGCCCAAAAUGAAAAAUAUGAAAAAACUGUCAAAGCGAUUGUAAAAAACUGUCAAACGUUGCAUCUUGCACACACACACACACACACACAGAUGAACAGUCUUUGGGUUACAGACAGAGUUUGGCCUCAGCUGAUGAUCUUAAUAAGAAGUGUGUGUGUGUGUGUGUGUGUGUGUGUGAGACACGAGUGUGUCGACUGCAGCUGAUGCACACACACUAAAUCAUCAUACAUCAUAUAUAAUGUGUGUUUAUGCUGCAAAAUAAACUAAUAGCUCUAA